UUGUUAUUUUGGCAUUUUUUCUUGUUGGAAAAUAAAAUACAAUUUGUCUUCCAAUUUGUGUAAUACAUGAAUGUUUACCGUUUACAAAUUAGAUGUUUUUUUCGGUAGUUGAGUAUCUUUAGGGUUAAAUUUUUCGUCGGCUUAUAGAUAUUUUACGAGACAGAACAGAUACAACUUAUGAAGAAAAGGCUACAGUAAAUUAUGGAUGCUUCGUCAAUAGUGAGUUUCAACAAUGAUUCAACUUAUCAGACCACACUAAAAGGUGAUGUGAGCGUACAUGAAUUAGCCUUGCAUGCCAUGCGGGAUCGAUGUUUGCUACUGCAACGAAGAUUAAACACUUUAGAAAAUGAUAACAUGAAGUUAAAAUUAGAUAUAUCAAAGAGAAAUUCCCCUUACAUUCCAUUGCAAGAAGACGAGAAAUUAAAACUUCAUCAACAAAUAGCAGAGCUUAAUAAGCAAAAGUCGCAACUUAUGCAUCAUGUGUUUAUGGUCUCAUGUGAGAAUAAAAACUUGUGGAAUAAAAUUUCGACUUUGAAGCGUUCAGACAAAACACCUAGAGAAGGACUGAAACAACCACUGUUACGUACAAACACAUAUGUAAAUAACACACUAAGAUCAAGCGCUAACUGUCAAGAAAAAUAUUCAGAAUCAAGUUUAGAAGAAAUAUCUUUAAAACUUAUAAACAGUUACAUUCAAGAAAAAUCACAGUUAGUAGAGCAAUAUGAACAAAUGUCUCAGCUUCAAGAACUAGAUGAUGAAAUUCUAAAUGUUGAUUCUAUAGGUUUUACAUACAUAGAGGACCCAGCAUUUGAUUCAUUGAAAGAAAUACACAAUCAAACAGAGAAAUUGCACAAUUUAAAAAAAGAGAUAGAAUUACAGGAAAAGGAUUUAAAAUUAGUACUUUCCAAAGUAGAGUCUGUUCUACUCGAAGGUUACAAAUGUCCGUCAUGUGCGGUCAACAAAUCAAAACAGAUAACUACAGAGGACAAGGAAGUUGAAACAAGUACCAGUCUUGUUGAUCUAGCCGAGUCUCAAAAUUUCAAUGAAAACAGCACAUCAUUAGUCCGAAAGGAUUCAGAUUAUGAUGCAAAUAGUGAAACUGCUGAACCAUAUGACAAAAUGUGUCCAAUAUGCGGUGAAACUUUUAAAAAACAUAUUGAGUUUUCAAUAUUUCAAUCUCAUGUAGAACAACACUUUAUCGGUGAAACUGAAGAUUCAUUCACUUUAGAUAAUGGUCACAAUUCUUUUGAAAAUAUUAUGUAAGGCUGAUAUUUCAAAGCUAAUUAAAUCCUAAUAUAGUAGAACAGUGAUUAAAUGAUUUAAACUUUUGUGAGACAUUAUUAUAAAUCUAAUAU